GCAGCGGAGACUUUGCCUUCUGGUAGGUUGGCAGCUGCUCUGGGUUCUGAAACGCGCUUCCUGGUAGCGGCUUGCGGGCUGAGACCUGCCAGCGGGCACUCGCGAACGAGGUCGGGCUGCGUCACGGACCCUAGGUAGGGCCGAGGCGGGAAGGCUGCAGGCGGACUCCGGGGCUGUGAGCGAGCAGCGGGUGGCGGAGUUGGCACUGGUGGGCUCCUCCCGCUCUUCCCGUACCUUUGUUCCCUCCUUCCCGGCUCGUGGCGCGUAUCCCGGCGUCCCCGCGUCCCCGCGUCCCCGCGUCCCCGCGUCCCCGCGUCCCCGCGUCCCCGGGUCCCCGCGUCCCCGCGUCCCCGCGUCCCCGCGUCCCCGCGUCCCCGCGUCCCCGCGUCCCCGCGUGCUGCACUGAAGACAGCGCUGCACUUUUGAAUGAGCAGAUCUGCCUUCUGCGCUGCGCCGCAGGGGACUUGACCUCGGUGAGUUCACCUGGAAAAUGGGGCUCCCCCGUCAGUGACUUGCUUGUGAAUGCAAUGUGUCUUUCAGUCAGCUGGAAAACACCCUAAGUAGGAAUCGUGAACGUUUCUUUUAAACCUUGAUUCAUGAAGAUGCUACUGAAUUUGACAUCUUACAUUAAAUAUACCAGCAAAGUUUGAGGUAUACUUUUUCGCGCCUUCAAACAGUAAAUCCAGAACUUAUAUGAGGGAAGAUUUUUGUUGUUGUUGUUUUUAUAGAAAGGAAAGACGGUGGGGAGAGAUCUGUGCUAUAAGGUUACAAUAUUUGAUAAAUUACAAUUGAUCCCAACAUUGUAAAUAUAUGAAUCGAUCAUAUGACCACUUGCCAGAAAAUAGUUUGAGAAUAAAGGAUAAAGUACAAAGUUCAGGAGGACUAAUAAAACACAAAGCAGUAAUGAUGGGGUCUCUCAGUGGACUGGAAAUCUGGACGGGAUAUGAAACCCUUGAGUUACAGGGCCAGAGAAGUUACUGAUCUUGAGUGACAGAUUAAUAACAACAUUAUUAAUUAAUAUUAAUAACAAUAAUAACAGACACUAAUAACAUGUAGUACAUUAUGAUUGAACACUAUUGAACUUGUGAAGUGAGGUAGAACAAAAUCAGUACCUUGGGGAUAUGACUGACAGUCACUACAUCAUCUAUUUCUUUCCAGCAAAAUUAACUGACAGGGCUUUAAUUAAAUCUAAUGCUACAAUUUUUUUUUUUCAGUACUGCAGAUUGAAUCCAGGGCUAAGCAGGCACUCUACCACUUGACCAUGCCCCUACCCCUUUUGUUUGUAUUUUGUUUUUAAAAUAGGGUCUUGCUAACUAUCUGCGCUGGCCCGCAAUUCUUCAUCCUCCUGUCUCCACCUCCACUGGGAUGCACCAGUACUUCUGGCUAAAUGCUACAAAUAUUUCAUAAUGCUUGCUAUAUACAAGUGACAAAUAUAUUAGAUAUGAUCCCUGCCAUUAAGUUUAGAAUCUUUUAAGGAGCUAAAACCAAGUUAAUUGUGAAACAAGAUGAAACAGCAAAAAGAGGAGAAAGCAGAGAGAGAUCUAUUUGGGAGAAUCAAGAAAGUAUGAAAGAGAUACCAUUUAAAAAUAGCCUUGAAAGACUGGUAAGAUUUCAACAAAUAUAGAGACUGAGAAACGGUAUUUUAAAAAUAACUUACUGUCAUUAUCUUUAGCUGAUUAAGGCUUAUAUGCUGUGUAACACUUUUUUUGUUUCUGUUGUAUAUCUAUGUGUCUACUUUAUUAAAAUCUCAAAUGUACCUGUAUUUAUUAGCUAUACUUUAAAACUUUCAAGCUUUCAUCACUCUUAUAAGCCAACAGAUUAAAGUAACAGUUAUAGCCAUAGAGUUAGUAAAAGAAAACAACAUAACAAUAGCUACACCAUAAAGACCAUGGAUGGCUGAAAUCUAUCAAGUACAAUAUUUAAUAUGUUUAAUGAAGAUCGUGAGAAAACCUUCAGAGUUUUGAUAGAGUUUAUUUGUACAUGUUUGCAAGAUUGUUAUCUAUUGUGUUGAUAAAUCCUCAAUUACUAUUUACUGAUAAUCUUCAUGUUUUUGUUUUCAGAUCUUUAUGAGUAAAAUAAAGCAGAUAUAAUUAAUCUCUAGAAACAUACCUUAGCAUUUGAAUUUUUUUUAUGUAGAAUAGUACUAGAAAUGGAAAAAGAGAAAAUAAAUGAUGAUGAAAAAACAGACCCAGAGAAUUCCUUGGGUUUUUCUGAACACUUUAACCAACUUGAACUGUUGGAAACACAUGGACACCUUAUCCCCACUGGUACUCAAAGUCUCUGGGUAGGCAGUUCUGAUCAAGAUGAGGAACAAGAUGAGAAAAAUGAAGAAUGGUAUCAACUGCAAGAAAAAAAGAUGGGAAAAGAUCCAAGCAAAUUGCUGCUUUGGGCUGCUGAAAAAAAUCGGCUUACUACAGUACGGAGACUCCUUUCUCAAAAGGCCACUCUUGUGAACACUAGGGAUGAAGAUGAGUAUACCCCUCUUCAUCGAGCAGCCUACAGUGGACACUUGGACAUUGUCCGUGAGCUGGUGGCACAGGGGGCAGAUGUUCAUGCAGUGACUGUGGAUGGCUGGACCCCCCUGCACAGUGCUUGUAAGUGGAACAACACCAGAGUGGCUUCUUUUUUACUUCAGCAUGAUGCAGAUAUCAAUGCUCAAACGAAAGGCCUCUUGACCCCUUUACACCUUGCUGCUGGGAACAGAGACAGCAAAGAUACCCUGGAACUCCUCCUGAUGAACCGCUACAUCAAACCAGAUCUGAAGAACAACUUGGAAGAAACUGCAUUUGAUAUCGCCAGGAGGACAAGUGUCUAUCACUACCUCUUUGAAAUUGUGGAAGGCUGUACAAAUUCUUCACCUCAGCCUUAAUGGUUCUGGUAAUUUUCUUAGGUGUCUAAAUACCAGUGCCUCCUGUGACGUAUGAAAUAUUCCCAUAAUACAAACUUGACAUGAAAUGUCUCACUGCAGAAGCUCCUGGAUAAUCUAAUGUGCUUCCAAGUGAAUUGCCUGACCUCGCUGUCAGUAUGCAUUUGACAGUUGUUUGCAUGCAUCUUCAGUGAUUUUUGUAGAGCUCGUGAUCUUUAUUAGAAGUAAUUUUAACUUACCUAUUGACAUGGGUAAUACAGAAACUAAAGAUAUUUUUUGGUGCUGAUCCCAGGAAAUUGUAUUUUUAAAUAUUCCAUAUCCUGGGUUUUUGUUGCGUAUUUAGGUGGUCGACAUGUAUUUUUAUAACAUAACUCACAAUUUAAAAGUCUUAAAUAUACUGGUACAGUCCAGCUCUCUUCUCUACAUUAUCACAUUCUGUUGGUUUCAUUCUAAACAAGAGAAAGUAAUAUAUUUGUAACUUGAAUCAGUAUAAUUUUUUAAAAAUUGAAAAGCCUAGAUCUUUGUAUUUUAGAAUAUAGACCAUUUUCAGGAAAGCAGUUAGCUAGGUGUUUAAUCCAUGAAUGCUACGAACUGCCUUCUCUACCAUAAUUUGCACAAUUCUGUAAACAGUCCUACCUCACCCUUAUCAACCUACAUGGUUCUUACUCUUAUGAUAGGUCACUUUGACUUUUAGACAUGCACACAACUAUACCUUAGUAUAGGAGAUCAAAAUAAUGUUAUUGAACUGGUUUUAGCUACCUAUUCCUGCUGGGUUCAGUACUGCUCUUAAAGACUCUUAAGUUCCAGGAAAGGUUGAUUUACCAAGGUCAUCAUUUUACACAAACUAUCACAGAGGCAAAGUGACAAGGAAUAAGGAAUUCUAAGAGUGACGGACAAUUAUUUUAUAGGAACUAGAACCCAAAAGUAGCUCAUGCUUUCUUACAAAACCAUUAUGUGGACAGUGACCGAAAAUAAAGUGCAAAUUCUGACAAU